AUGGAACUGCAUGAAGGUAACUAUGAUAGGGUGGUUCCAGUAGCACGAGUGAGAAUUCUACAAAGAGAAUGGCUGAACAUGAUCACAAUUGGUAUGGGUGAUGAGAGUUGGUGCACCCCCGAGUAUUACGCCUGGUAUAAUGUGGGAGGCCUGACACUUUUGCCAACCGAGGACGGAUUCGAUGGGCUCACGGACGAUGAGGUAGUUCCGGGUUCAGUAAACCAUCUGAUACAACUGGUAGAAGAAGAAGAUCCGGUGGAGCCGGAAGAUGAGAUGGAAGAGGAUCCCGAAGAAGAACCGACAGAGCCAGAUGAACCGAUGGAAGAGAAUCCGGAAGAAGAUCCAGAGUGGGAAUCAGAGCAUAAUCUUGUAAUGGAGGUAGAGCCGGAGAAAUCAUAUGAGUACACUCUAGCAGGAUAUUCAGAGGAGGAACCGGAGGUGCAGUCCGAGUGCAGGCCUACAGUAUAUGGUAUGGAGGAGGGACCUGAGUAUGAUCCGGAGGCAGGUUGGGAGAUAGAGACAGACCCAGAGGAAGAACCUGAGUACGACCCAGGGCCUGAUUAUGAUCCAGCACAUGAUGGGGAUGACAAUGACGGCCCGACAUGGCCCUAGACUAUUUUCUUUCCCCCCUUUUGUUUUAUUUACAUUCCAAAAGAGUGCCGUAUGGCCCAAUCACUUUGUACGCCCUCGUGGCCACCCUUUGCAUUUCCAUUUCAAAUUUCCAUCGACCCGUUCCUUUUGUAUGCCUUUAUGGCCAUCCCCUUUUGUGUUUUAUCAUUUCAGGCUGCCAUAGGCCUAUCCUUGUAAGCUCUCGAGCUACCUUUUGUUGGAAUGGAAGUUAUGUUUGUUCUAAAAAAAUCACAGAAUGUGUCAAAAAAGGAUCAUCAUCAUCAACUUGUGUGU